AUGACUGCCAAUGCCCGAUGGGCACAAAAUGGAGUGACCGUUGCUGGAGGCCACGGGGAGGGCAAUGCCACCAAUCAACUCAAAACACCUGAAGGCCUCUUCGUUGAUGAUGAUCAAACGAUUGUCAUCGCUGACUAUUGGAAUCAUCGUAUCAUCCAAUGGAAGAUAGGUGAUGCGAAUGGACAAGUCGUAGCUGGUGGUAAUGACCGAGGAAGUCGAUUGGAUCAAUUGGAUCGACCAAGCGAUGUGUUGAUCGACAAAGAGACUGAUAGUCUCAUUAUCUGUGAUUCGUGGAAUCAACGAGUCGUACGAUGGUCUCGUCGUAGUGGCACAACUCAAGGAGAAAUCCUCAUCCAUAGCAUCCAUUGUUGCGGAUUGGCCAUGGAUGAUCAGAGAUACCUCUAUAUCUCUGAUACCGAGAAACAUGAAGUAAGACGAUAUCAGAUAGGAGACAAGAAUGAAACUCUUGUGGCUGGUGGCAAUGGCGAAGGUGCUGGUCUCAAUCAACUCGACUAUCCAACCUUUAUCUUUGUCGAUCAACAACAGAAUGUCUACGUGUCAGACCGCAACAAUUGUCGUGUGAUGAAAUGGAAUAAAGAUGCAAAUGAAGGAAUUGUCGUCGCUGGAGGUCAAGGCGAAGGGAAUUCUCUGACACAACUGUCGUCUCCUCAAGGACUGUUGGUCGAUAUAUUGGGUACCAUCUACGUGGCAGACUCGAGUAAUCAUCGAGUGAUGUGUUGGCCUAAAGGAGCGACAAAAGGCAUUGUCAUUGUGGGUGGAAAUGGUGAAGGAGCAGGAGCAAAUCAGUUCAACGAUCCCAUGGGCUUGUCCUUCGAUCGACAUGGCAAUCUCUAUGUCGUCGAUCACUACAAUCAUCAUGAUUUCACCUAUCCACUACCUGAUCCAAUGCUUGAUCGAUUUUGUUCACAAAUUUUACAUGAAAUUCAUCAUAAAAUUAAAUGGCUUAAUCUUGAACCAACAUCUAUACAACGUAUUCUUCGUGCUACAAAUUAUCCUAAUUUAUUUCAACUUGGUUUAUAUGGUAUUGAUGUAAACGAAGCUAUAUCUCUCUGUACUGGUAAGCAUUUUUAA